AUGGAUGUUGUUCAAAGAUGGAGGCUCUGCCAUCAUUCGAUUUCCAUGUUCCGAGAAGAGAAAAUCCAGCGCGAAGUGGCAGUGAUGCAUUUUCUGGAGUAUUUUACAAAUCUACGCAUACCUCACAUCCUUCACCAUGGAAUGACAAAGGAGAGUCCAAAAGAACUUGGACCCUUCAUCAUCAUGGAGCACAUAAGCAACGAAGGCGACUUCAUCGAUGCCCUCAUACCGGGCCGGUCACGCGACGACAGACCGAUCUUAGACCCAAACGUGUCACAAGAGCGACUUGAAUGGAUCUAUGGCCAGAUGGCAGAUAUCGUGCUCCAGGUAUCGAGGCAUUCAUUUGCGGAGAUUGGCUGCAUCGGCAAAGCCAAAGAAAAUGAAGAAUUCGAUGAUACGUGGAUUGUUAAGCAUCGUCCCCUCACUUUCAACAUGAAUGAGCUCGUCCAACUAGGCGGGAUUUCGCCUGACCUUCUUCCUCAGGGCACGUUCAAAACAGCGUCAUCUUAUUACCGAGCACUGGCUGAGAUGCACAUGAUCCAUCUGUCUUCCCAACGAAACGAUGCUAUCGACUCUGCGGAAGACUGCCGAAACAAGUACAUCGCAAGAUGUCUAUUCCGCAAGAUCACUCGCGAACAUCAGCUUUGCCAGGACGACUCUGGCCCGUUCAGAUUGUUCUGUGAUGACCUUAGACCCGGCAACGUCCUUGCGAACGACCAUCACCAGAUGACAGGCGUGGUGGACUGGGAAUUUACCUACGCCGCGCCUCCUGGAUUCGCCCACAGUCCACCCUUUUGGUUGCUACUCGAGCUUCCAGAACUCUGGAAACCGGGUUUGGAUGAUUGGACGGCCGAUCGGCUUUCGGAGCACAUGUGGAGAAGCUGGCAAAGUGGCGAUUUCUGGCUCAACUAUGCCGCGAGAAAGAGCUGGGCAUUCGACAUGAUAUACUGGGCUAAGAUUGAUCGGAGGUUCUUUGGUGGUGGCGAUCUGAACGAUCGGAUCAAGCUUCUGACACCUGAAGAAAGAGAAGAGAUGGAUAAGUUCGUUCAGAUAAAAUUGAAGGCUAAGGAGGAAGGCGGGCUGUCUAAUUAG